CAAGUUGUGUUAACUCACUGAAUAGACUGGCACUCUUUUCCAUGUCCUGUAUUCCCCUCAUGGAAUGUUUGCUGUCAUUUGCAUGUAUUUGAGCCAGGAACAGUAGGUUAUACAAAACAACUUCAGCCAUCACCAUAAACUUCAGAGAAACUGGUUUUCAGACAACAAAGGCAGCUCUGUGCGUGGCCUGAGUUGGGUGCCUUGAAAAUGAGCGCAGUUGACAACUGCCAGGUCAAUGUGAAUGUUCAUGUUAAUUUUCCAAGUUGGGAAACAACAUGCUUAUUGUUGGGGGACAGGGACACGUGAGAGACUUGCAGUGAGCAGCUUUUCCACUGACUGAGGGAAGCUUGUUACAAUGAAGAGGGAAAGUUGUGUAGUAGUCAGUUUAUUUUUUACUACUCAGAGAAGCUGGAGGGGAGGGGCCCAUAGACCUGGAUAAUACUAUUUCAGAGCCAGUUGGAGAGAGUAAAGUGCAAAAUGAUCUUGCCUGGAGAGAUUAGCCCUGCCUGUGGAUGUUAGAAGAGCUAUGUCUGCAAGUUUAGAAGAGAAAAAUGAAGACAGGACAUGGUGAAGUGGUCACCGUGCUGCUGGCAGCCAUGAUUCUAAUGGACGUCUUCCAGGUGAAGGCUCAAGUGCUAGACAUGGCAGAUGAUGCAUUCGACGAUGAAUACCAGAAGUGUACUGACAAGAUGGAAAUCAAAUACGUUCCCCAGCUGCUCAAGGAGGAAAAGGCUAACCAGCAGCUCCUAGAAAGUGUGUGGGAAAAUGCAAAAGUCAAGUGGGAAGCCCGGAAGACUCGGGUCCUUCUUCCUGUGAAUUUCAGGGAUAACCAUGGAAUAGCCCUGAUGGCGUAUCUUUCUGAAGCUCAAGAGCAAACUCCCUUUUACCAUCAGUUCAGCAAAGCUGUGGAUAUGGCUGGCCAGUCCCGAAAAGACUAUAUCUAUAGCUUCCAGUUCAAAGCUUUUCAUUUUUACCUGACGAGAGCCCUGCAGUUGCUGAGAAGACCUUGUGAGCAGAGUUACAAACACGUGGUGUAUUCCAGCCGGGACACUUCGUUUACAUUUGGAGGGCUAAACCAAGCCAGGCUUGGCCGUAUCACUUUGGCAUAUUCAACCAAACCGCAGGCUGCCACUGACCACAGUGUGUUGACCAUCAACACAUGCUUUGGAGUUGAUGUUGAAAAGCUUGUUGAUCAAAAAAGUGAGAAAACUGUUUUAAUACCUAUGAAUGAGAUUUUUCAAGUGUCACAGGGCGAGAAUAGCAGUAACCUCAUCCUUCAAAGCACAAACAAGACCUGCAGCCAUUAUGAGUGUGCAUUUCUAGGUGGACUAAAAACUGAAAAUUGUGUGGAGAACCCAGAAUAUUUGCAGCCCACCUAUGUCUACAUCUCUGGUGAUGAAAACCAGAAGUUUGAAGACCCUGAUGCAGAAACCCAGGAGCCCACCCAAGCACGUGGAGUGCAAAUUCCGGACCCUUUUCUACUUCCUGGAAUAAAAGUGGUGCAACCGGAUGAAAAACCAGAAGAAAGAAGUCUUGGAAAUAUCCACAAUCCUACACCAGGUCCGGUUCCUGUUCCAGGUCCCAAAACCUAUCCUUCUGCAUCCUCUGGCAAAAUGCUCCUCCCACCACUUGGGACAUUCAUCAUUUUCGUCAGUGCUUUUGCUGUAAAACUCUUCGGCCCUCUGUAAUUUGAUACAUUAUCUUUCUUGUUCUGUACUUGAAAUGUGCUAUAGGGAUCCCACAGGGUAUCAAAAGAAAUAGUAUAUUUUUUACUCAUUGGCCAAAGUCAUUUUGAUAAAGUUAGAAUUGUUAUUUGUUAAUAAGCAUUUUGCCAAUUUAGAAAGCUGACCCAGAUGUCAUAGAAUUAACUUUUUGCUUAUUUCCUAUAUUAAUUUUCCUAUAAACUGUGUAUCUGACUCAAUUCAAUAAAAGACUUUAGAUAUAAUUUCA